ACUCCGUCACGAGCGCUGGUUAACACAGCUACUACAAUAGCUGUCGUAUAUACUUACUGUUGUUGUUGUGCUGGUUCUGCGUAUUAUAUAGCUGACAUCAGGCGCGCAGUGUUCCUCUCAAUCAAUAUGUUGAUGAGCAGACGAACGCAAUGAAGCAGCGUCGCACAGUGCGCUUCGCUCUGCGCAACGUCACGCACACAAAACGCCGCAGUCACACAACACAACAACAGAAAGUAAGCGCAGUCAAUUGCGGCAGUCAGUCCAGUCGUCCUCGUCGUAGCCAAUUCGCAUCAUCCGCACUCGGGCAAGUAAACAGCCAGCUAGCAGUAAAGCGCUCUGUUAUGAGCACUGACAGCACACAAUCAGGCAAGCAGGCUACGGAGCGUAGCGUGAAGACGACGUGACGACAUUCGCUGUUCGACUCUCAAACGGGCAACGACAGAAAAAUCGAGUAGCGCUUGAACGCGAUACAUGUACGCGGCGUAUAAUUGGGAAAUUUUCGUUGCGAACAACAACUACUACAAUUGGCAGUUGGGUAGUAAGUUGUAAUAAUAAAUAUACCUAAAUGAAAUUGUGACAGCUGAAAGUGCAGUUAAAGCGUAUAUAAGUGACGCGCGGCAAAGCAAACUCGCAAAGUGUGAUAUGAAAAAAAAAUUUAUUAUUAAAAUAUAAAUAAUUGAAAAUUUAUUUAAAAUUUUUAAUAUUUUUUGCAAAAUAAUAACAGCGCGUUCCCUACUCAAAAUAACAGCAGCAAUUAAAUAAAAAUAGCAACUACAACUAUACAGUGCAAAAACACAUCUAGUCAGUGCGCAUAAUUUAUUUGAAUUAAAAUUUAAUUUUCUUCGAUUUUUCUUCCAAAAAAAAAUUGAAAAGGUAGAGUUAAUGGCUGUUAUACUACAAUAGCGUACAACAACAAUAGCAACAACAACUACAACAGCAAAUGCCACAUAUGUGUACUAUGCUGCAUGUAAAAGCGUGCGAACACUUAAAGACUGAUAAAUGCAAAACUAACUAAAAACAACAACAACAACAAAAAUAUAUACUUAAAACCAACUAAAAUUAAUGUUAAAUCCAGCUGGAGCGCACUGCAAAUUGAGUGAUUAAAGCAAAAGCGAAAAAUGUAGCACAAAACUGCAGAACCUGUUCAACAAAGUAUACGUAAAUGCAACAACAAUAAUAAAAAAUACUAUUUAAAAGCAAAAAAAAUACUAUUUAAACGUAAAAAAUUCUACAAAAAUUGUUAAAAUAAAAAUAAUUAUUAAUAGUGUAUGAAAAAAGAUUUUUUCGAGUCAAUAAACGCUAAAUGUUUAAAAAUAGUGCAAAAAUAUUUAUGUAAAAUAUUUGAAAAAAUAUAUAAAAAUAUUCGAAAAAAUUUAAAAAUAAAAAAAAAAUUAAAAAAUCACUGUUUAAACGUUGCGACGUUUAAAACACCAAAACUAAAGCAAAAACAAACAACUUAAAUGUAGUACACUAAAGCCCCUUUAAAAGUUACAAAACAAACAACCCAAUGUAUACGAAUCCAUGCAAUUAAUUAAUUUAAUUAAAUACAAAUAUUAAAAUAUUUACUUAUAUAAAAACAAAAAAAUAUUUAAGCUAAUAAAAAAUCUCUACCUACGGCAAGAAUAAAGCUAUUUUAAUUAUAUUAAAGCAAAUAAAAAAAAUUAAAAUACAAAAACUACGAAAAAAAAUUACAAAUUUAAGUAGUUUAUACUUCUUAAAAUUAAAAAAAAAAUCUAAAACUAAAAAGCCAAGCAACAACAAAUACAUAUUUAUGCAAAUAAAUUAAUAUUUACCAUAAAAAAUAAAUACAAAAAACUCGCAAGCAAAAGUGUAUACGUUUAAAAAAACUAAAAUUAAAUUAAAAAUAAAUAAAAACGCAAACUACAAGGCCACGAAAAUUUAAAUAAAAGUAUUUAAAGUUUUAAAAAAAUAUUCCUUAAAAGUUAAUUAAAAACGGUCAACCAGCAAAUUGACAGCCAUUACAGCCAAUAAGUGCAUAAAACUCAAAAAUAUUGCAGCAUAAAAUCCGCAAAAACUACUUUCGUCUCCAGAACCCCUCCACGAAAUUCUCCGCCACAAGCCAAAUUGUUAUAUUUCGAUUGUGAAAUCAAAAAAAAACAAAAAAGUUUACAAAAAAAUUAAGCAUAAUUAAAUAAACAUUAAGUUAGCACAGCCAAGUGUUUUGCCAACGAGAAUUUUUCGCCAAAAUACCGCCAAAAUUCAGCAAAAUAUAAAUAUGUUGCACGAAGCGCUCAUGCUUGAGAUCUACCGGCAGGCGCUCAAUGCUGGCGCCUUGCCGACAGCACGUCCACGUUCCACAGAGUCGGCCAACUCAAGCGAGCGUUGUCCCUCACACGAUUCCAACUCCUCGGAGAAUGGUCGGGAUAGUCGAGAAAAUGCCAGCGCUGCCGCUGCCAAUGCCGCCGCGGCUGCAGCUGCUGCUGCAAGCGCCGGUAUGCUACCCUUACCACCCUCCAUGACUGCUACAUUCCCAGCUGUACCUCAGAAUCUACCCGCACAGCCACCAUCAAUGGAGGCAUAUCUGCAAAUGGUUGCGGCCGCCGCACAACAAUAUGGCUUCCCGUUAGGUGCCGCUGCCGGUCAUCGUUUUCAGCUACCAUUACCGGCAGAUGCGCCAGCACCAUUCAAACUGCCACCACAGGCAUCACCCACCGCUUCGAGCAAUAAUUCAGAGGCUUUAGACUUUCGCACAAAUCUUUAUGGACGUGCCGCCUCUGCGGAUCCACCACCAUCCGAGGAAGAUGAAGAGGACGAGGAAGCUAACGAUGCUAAUAAUCCACUUGAUCUAUCGGUUGGUACGCGUAAGCGUUCAGCGGAUGGUGAUCAUAUACCCGACUCCACCAUUGGACAGAUACAAGUAAAGAAAAUUUUUAAAACUGAUAGUCCACCAUUGGUCGCGCCACCGCCGACGGUGCCCAAAGCACCGCUGUUACCAGCAGUCAAUCCAUAUUUGGCAGCAGUUGCCGCGGCAAAUAUUUUUCGCACCGGACAGUUUCCGGAUUGGAAUGGCAAGAAUGAUUUGGUCGUGGAUCCGUUGGAGAAAAUGUCUGAUAUUGUAAAGGGACCGCGUAAAGAGAAAUCAUCGCGUUCGUCGUCGAGUACACCCACAACACCGGGUGCGACCGUACAUCCACCAACAUCCGCUGCUGCUUCCGUUAACACGCAAAAUUCCACCACACUGACCGCCUCCACCGAGGGCAUGUCCAAGGCGCGACACAAUAUCUGGCAAUCGCAUUGGCAGAAUAAAGGUGUGGCCAGCUCGGUAUUCCGUUGCGUUUGGUGCAAACAGAGUUUCUCCACACUGGAAGCGCUCACCACACACAUGAAAGACAGCAAACACUGUGGUGUCAAUGUGCCACCUUUUGGCAAUUUACCUAACACCGAUCGUCACCAUCAGCCACCGCUACCACAGUCCAACAGCGGUCAGCAGCACUCGCACAAUAUGCGUAAGCCACCGAAUAGUGGUGGCGGCUCGCAAUCCAACUCGUCUUCCACACCUUCCGCAGCGGCCAAAAAUGCGUUCCAAUAUCGUGGCGAUCCACCAACACCUUUGCCGCGUAAAUUGGUGCGCGGUCAGAAUGUGUGGCUGGGUAAGGGUGUAGAGCAGGCUAUGCAGAUCUUGAAAUGUAUGCGUUGUGGCGAAAGCUUCCGUUCGUUGGGCGAGAUGACUAAACACAUGCAGGAGACACAGCAUUACACGAACAUUUUGUCACAAGAACAAACGAUCUCAAUGAAGUCAUCUGGUGGCGGCGAUUCCAAGGAUGGCCACAACAGUUUGAGUUCCGAGGAGAGUCGCACACUCAGCGCCGUGCUGACAUGCAAAGUAUGCGAUAAGGCGUUCAAUUCGCUAGGCGAUCUCAGCAAUCACAUGGCCAAGAAUAAUCAUUAUGCCGAACCGUUGAUGCAGUCAAUGGCCGGUAGCGCUGGCAGUCGCAAGCGUCCGGCACCCAAAAAGCGCGAAAAGUCCUUACCGGUACGGAAACUGCUCGAAAUGAAGGGCGCACAAAAUGACGCAGCAGAAAGCAUGGAGGCUAAGAUGCAGCGUACCUAUGAAAAUGCCAAACGCAUGCCACUCGAAGGCACCGGCAUCGGACCGGGCAAUGACAAAUCGGAUGCCGCUCUUUUUGCUGAACGCAUGCGCCAAUACAUAACGGGCGUAAAGGUGACCGACGAUGAGGCUGCUAAGGCUGGUUUAAACGUAAGCGGUUUAUUGAAUAAAACUAAGUCACCAGAUUUGGAACCGAAAAAUGGCGCUACCAAAUCAGCAGCUGGCUCUUCGUCCGUUUUGAGCGCUAUCGAACAGAUGUUUACUACCAGUUUUGAUACGCCACCGCGUCAUGCCAGCUUGCCAGCCACAAGUCCAUCAAAUUCGUCGACUAAGAAUACCUCGCCCGUUGCUUCGAGCAUACUUAAGCGGUUGGGCAUUGACGAGACUGUAGACUACAAUAAGCCACUAAUUGAUACAUCAGAUCCAUACUAUCAGCAUUAUCGUUAUACGAGCAGCGAACGCAGCGGCAGUGAGUGCAGCGCCGAAACGCAUGUCGAGGCAAGAAAGAUGGAUGUGUCUACACCAGAGAAGCCACAAUCCAACGAAAUGAUGAGCUGUUUGGAACCAAAAUCAGCUGAGAUUAAACGUGAGCACGAGUCACUCAAACCAAAGUCCGAGCAUGAUGACGUCAUCAUGGAACAAACACCACAAAUCAAAAUGGAGAUCAAGUCUGAGAUUGAGGAGGAAGAGCGUGGCAAUGAGAGCCCAGCAAAUGGUGUUGGCGGUGUCGGCAAUGACUCAGCUAUGCAACAUGUCGCGAAUGGCGCUGAUUUUUCAAUAACCAACAACAACAAUAAUAAUAAUAACAACAAAGAGCGCAGUGUUACACCAACCAAAUCGGUAGGUGCUGUUAGUCCCGUAAUGAAUAAGGCGCUCGCACCGCGCAGCCCCACCGAUAGUCAUCGUUCCGUUACACCAAAAUCACCAGCAUCCAGUAUUAAAUCGUACGAUGGUGAGAAGAAAUAUCCGAGCGAUUCGUUGAAUGCACUCUCCUCCAUGUUCGACUCGCUUGGUAGCUCUAGUAAUACUACAACACCGAAUAGUCGCUCGCAAGCAUCAGCAUUGGCGUCGUCGUUAAGCAAUAAAAUCGAUUCACCGGAAAAUCUCACCACCUCAAAUUCGCUUGCUGCUUUACGUCAAUUUUGCAUAAAAAAAGAGAAAACCGCUUAAAUCUCAGCCUUUUGUUUUUCGUCUCGCGAGAGAGAAACAGAUUUCAAAAAUUUUUUGUUUGCCACCUGACGCCCUGGGUGUUGGGCUUUUUUGUGUACGAGUGGCGCGCUGCGGACGCGUCGUGUCCGAAUGCUUUUUACAAGCCGCACUCCGCUAUAAAAAGCUUUACGUGAUGCGGAAGUCGGAUAAAAAUAAAUCAAAUAAAAAAAAAUUUAAAAAAUCUAAAAAAAAAAUAUAAAUAAAUAAAAAAAAAAUCCAAAAAAAUAUAUCUGAGUGUGCGACUUUCCACAGCACUGCUUCAAACUACAAACGAAGAGUGGGAUAUGGUGAGAUAACAAAGACUCCAAGAAGGUCUAUUCGAUUCUUUAAAGUUUGAAAGCUGCUUUGGGGAAUGCGUCUACAAUACGAAGAAAACAAAACGAGAGCUAGAAAUAUAGACGGAGAAGGAGAAAGAAAGAGAGAGAGAGAGAGAGUGCGAAAAGUACGUAAAUGAGUCCAACCGCGUAUUAUGGGCGGGCUCCUGUGUGGGCGAACGAAAACUUAACUAUGCUGUGAUCGUUGGCAUUUUUUCCUGGCUAAGUUCGGGAGUACUCACCGUGUGCUUCACGGAACGAGGGGUUUUCUCCCAACUACGGCAAGCUUAUAUGGACGAGUGAGCACACAGCAGCAGAGAGGGAGCAAACAAAUUUACUAGAAAAAAUUAUAAACUAAUGACGACGAAAUUAAUGAUUGUGUAGAAAACAAUAUGAAACACCAUUAAACUAAUGACCGAAGCAAAUGCAAUAAUUAUGCAGAUCCGCCGACAGAAAUCGAGUUAAAAACAGUUAAGAGCCGGAAUGAAAUUGGAGAAAAAAGGCCGAUCGCUUUUUGUGGAUUGUGUAUGCGCGUCGAUUACCUGAUAUUACAAAAGAAAAAUUAUUUACGGCACAGUUGCUGUGAGAAGAGACACUGAAAUGAGCGGCAGGGCUUUAUUACAGCUAGAUCGCGCUAUGAGCGAGUUCGCUCUUGUCAGCACUCAGAAAAACGAAGUAAUGCGAACAGCGAUCGCUACGAAAAGAAAAUUGUGCGUCUUAGAUCACACAGUGGCAGAGCCGAACUUUAGCCGAAAGUUACAAAAGAACAAAAGUACGCGUAAAAGCUCACAGGAAUGUUGCCGGUGAAAGCUUUUUAUGAGAUCAGCCAAUUGCAGAGCCGAGCUUUCACUGAUAAAUCACUAGAGUACGCGAAAGAGCUCACAGUAAUGUUGGUAGCGAAAGUUUUGUCUGAGAUCAGACAGUAGCAACGCCGAACAUUCACGAAAAGCUUCAAACGAACUAAAAUACGUGAAAAAGCUCACAGGAACGUUGGUAGCGAAAGUGCAGAUCAGACAGUAGCAGCGUGAAACUUGUUUUAAAAGCUGGUGCUACGCUGAAACUGGUGUACGCAAAAAAGCUCACAGAAAUGCUACUCAGAAAGUUUGAAAAAACCGGAACGCGUAUGCUAGUUAGAUUAAGAGCUUGUAAUGGAAGAACACGCUUUAUAAGCACUUACAGAGCUUUUUAAGAUGAUAGCGAGUGUGUUAAGGGCUUUCAGAGCUUACUACUAGCAAUUUUAUAAGAUAUUCUACAGCAAUUUUAUAAGAUAUUUCAUAAUAACUUUAGUAAAUUUAACAAAUAUUCCUGAGCUUUUGGAAAAGCUUACCGCGAUUUCACAAGAAAGCUACCGCUGUGGAUCAGAAGACGCUGUUUGGAUUGCUGUCAACAUCUUAGUAAGCAACGUGAGCGCCAGAGAUUCUAAACUUGAGAGCAGCACAAAAAAAAAAAAA